AUGUUUCAUCAUGGUGCCCUUGAAUGGGGCAUCGAAAUCCUGAGAAAUUCAACUACACUGCACCUCUACAUACUACUUUGCAUUUGUUUCACUACCGCUUCUAACGCAGAUGGAAUGGCAUCAGCACUCGUCAGCUAUACGGUGACAGAGGAUUCCGAGGUCCCAAUUACUCUUGGCGACGUCUUGUCAAGCCUCCGGUCUAGCACUUUUGUCCACGCAACUGUCGCUGAUGUUGUCAUUUUCCCCUCCUGGCAACCCUUUUCCGAGUAUUUCCAACUUGUGUACAGGAGACGCACGGAACCCAACCGAAGUCAGGCUCUAGCUUAUGCAAAGCUUCAGCUGGUCAAGCCACUCGAUCUUGAAAAGGCAUGCAAAAAGCGUCUUCCACUACCAAACUGUUUCCAAACUAGUCAGAUCUGUUGUUGUGACAUACAACGUCUUUUUUGUACAAUCUACCUGCAGGUGGCGGCGGCCACGGAAGGCGGACUUUUCAAUUCCCUUGUUCAUCAAAGCUCGCUCAAGGUGUUCCUUGUCGAGAUAAAAAUUGUUGACAGAAAUGACCAUGCUCCUGUGUUUACACCUAGCCAUUUUACAAUGGAAGUUAGCGAAGGCACGAAAAACGAUGAACUGUACAGUUUGCCGGUGGCGCGAGAUGGCGAUCUUGGUCAAAAUGCGGAGUUAUCAUACACCAUUGCGGCCGUUUAUAAAAAGUCACCACAAUCAAAUAAGUGGAGACAAAUCGCAGAAGGUGAAGAGGUUUUUUCACUUAAAGCGUCCCCACUGUCCUUAACUUUAGUGAUAAAUGGUAACCUGGAUCGUGAGGAAAUUGACGGCUAUAAGGUGAUGAUAAUGGCAUCAGACAUGGCAGAGAACACGGCGAUGCGCCAAACGGGGACACUAACCGUUACAGUGAUAAUAACAGAUGUCAAUGAUAUAAGUCCUGCAUUCAGCAGUCAAAACUUGACGUUAGAAGUUAAGGAAAAUUCUGCCAUCGGCACUGUGGUUUACACAGUCGAAGCCCAUGAUGGUGACACUGGAAAAAACGGUCAAAUAUCCUAUGCUAUUUCGACAAAACAGAAAGAUCUCCCCUUUCGAAUUGACUUAAAUACAGGCUAUUUGAUUGUCAACGGAAGUCUUGAUCGUGAACAAAAGGAAGAAUACCGAUUUUCUGUUGAGGCCUUUGAUUACGGGACGCCAGCCAGAUCUUCAACCUUAUCAGUGACGAUUCGUGUUCUUGAUGAAAACGACAAUGCCCCAACAAUUUUGCUAAUGAACACGUUGGACACUGACAAAAGCGCUUUGCCUACUCCCCAUCAAGAGAAAUUUCUCCUUAGAGUCUCCGAAGCGGCACCCAUUGGGAGUCUCAUUGCAAAUUUCAGCGUCACAGACCGAGAUGAAGGCGGGAAUGAAAUGACAUCGUGUCACCUAAUUCACGAAACAUUUGAGCUAAGGCGCAAUUCAAACAAUUCUUACUCGCUUUACCUAUCCCGACCUAUAGACUAUGAGAUAAAAAGAAUGUAUUGCCUAAAUAUCGUCUGUGAGGACUCAGGGUAUCCUCAUGCUCUCACAUCAGAAGCUGAGGUCAAAGUUCUUGUUCUCGAUGAAAAUGACAACUACCCGAUUUUCCAGCACCCAAAAAUGAUUCCACCUGCCUGGCUCGUUAAUGACACUCAGAUGUAUCAGUUUUCUGCGUUACUGAGCACAAACAAGAGCGAUGAUUUACAAGAAGUCAACGACGGUUUUGUUGUAUUUCUGCCCAAGUCUUUCCCUGUCGGUGAUGUUUUCAUGCGUUUUCAAGCUACCGACCACGAUGGUGACGAUGACGACGCUAAUAAGGUACAUUUCUCGCUCCGCAUUUUCAAGGAGCAACAUGAUAGACCAGGAUUACCUUCAGUCACAGCGAACUCAUCAAACCAAACUGGCAUUUUUAGUCUUUCCGGGUGCACUGGAGAGUUAGUCCUGAUCUCCUCUCCAAACCACGAAGAAACGAUUACCAUAUACAAAGGCGAAAUCAUAGCUCAGGACAAGGCACCAAAUCCACUCUUGGCAAGAAAAAAACUGACUAUAAUUCAUGCCGAAAGUAACUCCAACGCCCCAGUUGUUCGGAUAUUUAAUUUUGCUCUGGCAAAUUCACUGUCACCCUAUCAGAUCCUUGAUCAGGAGAGCAUUUCGGGCUCCCAGGGAAUCCUCUUUUACAUUCCUUUACAAAAUCGCUCACCUAACAUGAUUGGUCAGGUGGUCGGGUCUGACGAUGACUCAGGACAAGCAGGUCACGUGAUGUAUAACUUAGCAUCACAUCAGCCAGAAUGCUUCAGGGUAUCAAUUAAUAAUUUGACAGGACUACUUACGUUUGUGGCACUAACCGAAAGCCUUAGUGAUAGAUGCAAAUUGCAAGCGCAACUGGACGUUACAGACAACGGAUUUCCAAAGCGCCAGACGCUAAUGAAUAUAACGUUUCAGAUAUUCGACGCAGGCAUGUUGGAUAUGGAAAUACUCGUUAAUCAAUCAGUGGUUCUUUCAAAGCAGGAGGACCAAAAUAAAAAUUCUUGGUAUUUCGAGGUGCAUUUGCCGCAAAUUGGUCAACCGUUGUUUCAGAUGUUCGUGACCGUUCGGCCGGGUUUGAUUGAACCCAAGUUCGAAGCAAGGAUCUGUCAUGAAAAACCCGAGGAAGGAUUUUCGACAACUUCAAAUGUUGUCGAAGUUGAUGAAAAUACGGGCCACGUGUACAUGUCGGAGUCUUUUUCAGUCAUGGACUCAAGAAAAUCCAUCUUCAUAACCGUCAGUAAUCGGCUUUGGCCCGCACUGCCACCGAAAAUCUACAGAGCCGUGAUCGGUGUCAGAGGCAAUGAAACCGUUGAGAUGAGGAUUGGCCGUGCAGCACAACUCGAAUGCAACUUCACUGAACUGGGGAAAUUUGAAUUGGAAAUGCCACAGCAACAUCUAACAGUUUUUCUUGUCAGCAUUUGGACAUUCGCGAGCAUGCUCUGCUUGAUUAUAAUUGCUCUCGUUUCGAUGGUGAGAACAAAAGGCGCGAAACGUUUUCUUCCCAUGACGCGACUACUACAGAAUAAAAAGUCGAGACCAAGGCUAUACGACCUAGCUCGCGGUCACCGUAACUCCAUUUACUCCAAUGAAGCGUCAAUAGAGAUUUACGGUCAAGGCGAUUCCUGCAUCCCUCAUAGCACAACACCAAUUUUCCAAACUGUCAUCAACAAUUGCCCAGUUUUGUCGCUGCAGCCAACGCACCAACAAGGCCCGAAACACGACAACAAAGGCGACGCGUCAACAAAGGCUCAGUUGCGGCGACUGCGCCACCCAUCUGCGCUGCCCAGCACCGUCUCGUCGCCGGGGCGCAACCUGGCCGGCACUGAAUUAACUCCGAAAGUCCUGAUGGGGCGGUCUGCAAGACCUGUUAUCGUUAUUAGCGAUACCCGCAAAGCUCUGGGAGUGGUGGAUGUGCUCAAAGAGCAAAAGGUAUCCCGCAUGACAGGCGCAGCUAGUGUGAAUAUAAUUGUACACAAUAACUUUGACAAAUCUGAGCCAGUUCGAUGA